AUGCCUUCUCUCCUUACACUUUCAAUCAUGGUCGGCACCAUCGCGACACCAGUGGUCGCAGAUAUUUACAACGUCAAUGUCCCCUCUGGCUUCUUUCCUGGUCCUCAGUCCGGCAUUGGCUCAUGGUACCGCGCCUCCACAGGCCAGGACUCAACCAACGGACAGAGCUGGUGUGGUUACAAAUACUACAACUCCGACCCUGUAUUUGCUCCUUCUUUGAAGGCAAUGGGUGGUGCCACGUAUUACUCCAACCCCGAUGCCUGGAGACAGCAGACUAGGAAGUAUUGUGGCCUCGAAGCCAAGGUCACGGACCCUACGACGGGCAAGAGUCAGCUUAUGUACAUUGGUGAUUCUUUCGACGAUCAGUGGGUUAGAACGCCCUCAUCCAUCGACAUCAUGAUCGAUGCGUACUCCAACAUCCACGGAAAUCCCAACGGUGACAAGAACAAUGUCAUCAAGGGAGUUCAAUGGCAGUUUACAGGUAGGGUCAAUACCAAGUAUGCUGCACCGGGUGCAUCCUGGCCUCCUACGUCCGGUGGUUCUGGCGGCGGAUCUGGUGGCAGUUCUGGCACAGGCGGUUUGGGAGCCAAGUGCGAUGGACAGACCAAGUUGUGCAACAGCGGCCUCACCUGUCUCUCCCCUGAUGGUGUCUGCAGCGACAAGGCCUGCAACUGGGGGUGCCAGGGAUGGUCGUGUAGCUCAAGCGUCCCGUGCCAGAAGCCCUCGAACUGUGUCAGCGGCGUUUGUCGCGCUUAG